AUGGCCGACCAACCCACCCAGCACAUGCCCGGAGGCCAUUAUUCGGGCCACAACAAGGUGCCGACUGUGAAGAAGUUUCUGGACAAUCUCGACCUCGACAAGAAGGAGCGAGACAAGCAGAUAGAGCAGGAGCUGCAGCAACAGCGCCAGCAAGGCCUCCAGGAUCACUCCGAUGUUAAGACUCACAAGCCGAAGUCAAAAGGCAUUGAGGGCACUCAGAAGACUGUAACAGACCCGACAACUGGCAACAAGGUGGUCAUUGAAGAUGUCAACAAGGAUAUGAUGAAGCAGGUUGAGGAUCCUCAUAUAACCGUACCCAACGCAAAUCUCGGGAAACCGACACCGGUAGCGACCGAUCCCCACCAAAUGAACGAUGAAUACAAGGAGAAACAAGAUAUCACCUCACCUCCGGAGCCGACAGCGCCAGGCAGCACAUCGGACGUGCCAAUCCACGGCGAGAAGACCAAUAUCCUGUUCCACCCGACACCCUCUGUCAGCUAUGAACCUAUGUUUGCGGCGCUUGAGAAGCAGGCCGGCGUUCUUUGCGUUGGCGUCCUGGCAGCUAUCAUCAUAGUCGGAAAGAUGUUUGGUGGCUCGUUGAAGGGCCUCAUCCCGCUUGCAAUGUGUAUAACUUCAGGCAUCUGGCUGUGGGUGAAGGAACUAAUCCGCAGCGGCCGCGAAGUCGAGUGGGAGAGCGAGAAGACAAGAGGCAUGACGGCUACCGCGAACCUCCUGCCCGAAUCAGUCGAAUGGUUGAACACGCUUCUGGCCAUUGUGUGGGGAUUGAUAAAUCCGGACAUGUUCAUAGGCGUUGCCGACACGCUGGAAGAUGUCAUGCAGGCCUCGGUCCCAGGCGUCAUCGAGAACGUCCGCGUCGCCGAGAUAAACCAGGGCAGCAAUCCUAUCCGCAUCCUCAGUCUACGCUCCCUUCCAGACACGCAUAUGAAGCAGGUCAAGAAGGACAUUCACGAGCAGAACAAGAAGACCAAGGACCCGCAAGAAGCUGCUGCGGACGAAGAGGGCGGCGACUACUACAACCUAGAGGUCUCGUUCGCCUAUCACGCAGCCCCGAGCGGCAAACGUGCGUCUGACAAGGCUCGCAACCUGCACAUGCAGCUCGUGUUCUACUUGGGCAUCAAGGGGCUCUUCGGUGUUCCCCUUCCGAUUUUUGUUGAGCUCCAGGGCCUUGUUGGUACCGUCCGUCUGCGGCUCCAUAUGACUCCGGAGCCGCCGUUCCUCAAGACGCUCACAUUCACUCUCAUGGGUCUGCCACAGGUUGAGGCUGGCUGCAUACCAAUGGUCGAGAAGGGCGUCAACGUCCUCAACCUGCCUCUGAUUUCCAACUUUGUCAACUACGCCAUUGGUGCUGCGGCCAGCAUGUACGUGGCGCCCAAGUCAUUGUCUAUCGAUAUGCGUGCCAUUCUUCAAGGAGACGACAUCCAGAAAGAUGUGCAGGCGCUCGGUGUCAUGUGGAUCAGGAUCCAUCGCGCCGUUGGCCUCAGCAAGCAGGAUAAGCGUGGCAGCCGUCACGGAGGUAGCGAUCCUUAUAUAACGCUGUCUUUUUCGAAAUACGGCAAGCCAAUGUACUGCACACGCGUCAUAACCGACGACCUUAACCCCAUCUGGGAGGAGACGGCUGCACUACUGGUUACUCCCGAGCUCAUCAAGGCCGACGAGAACCUAAGCGUAGAACUCUGGGAUUCUGACCGCCACAGCGCGGAUGACAUCGUUGGCAAAAUCGAGCUCUCUAUGCAGAAGAUGAUUCAGCACCCAGGCAAGAUGUAUCCGCAAAUGUCGAAACUCGCAGGAAUGCACGCCGAUAGUGAGAUGCCGGGAGAACUCCGCUGGGAAGUCGGCUACUUUGGGAAACCCAAGUUUCGACCUGCAUUGCGUACCGACGGCAAGAACAAGUCUCUUCCAGAGGAGCUUCAGGACAAGCCCGAGUUCCAAGACGAGACUGGCGUCCAGAACACGGAAGAUGACGACGCUGUCAUGCACACCCCGCCGGAUCCACUGUGGCCCAGUGGCAUCUGCAGCGUUAUCGUUCACCAGAUUGUCAAUCUCGAAUUCGAGAACAUCAAAGGUAGUGAUGGCAACCGUAACGGCAAGGAAUAUGAGCCCGCGAAGCCAUAUGGCGAGAUUACUGCGGAAGAGUCGAAGGAGCUACCUACAAGUUACUGCACCAUACUAUUCAAUGACGAACUGGUGUACCGUACGCGUUCGAAAGCUGUCAGUAGCCAGCCGAUCUUUAAUGCAGGCACUGAACGCUUCAUGCGCGACUGGAGAUCUGGAAUUGUUACUGUUACUGUUCGCGACCAACGCAAUAGAGAACACGAUCCUAUACUCGGCGUUGUUCCCCUCAGGCUCACCGACAUCCUCGAAACCCGUUCUCAGGUUACCAGGUGGUACCCCCUUGAUGGAGGCAUUGGUUUCGGUCGCAUCCGCAUCUCAGUCUUGUUCCGAAGCGUGGAGACGCGCCUACCACCAAGCAUGCUCGGUUGGGACGUCGGAACGUUUGAGUUCACUUCUGACCGCAUCCUUGCUCUCAAUUACGACCAUCACGCGAAGAUCAAGAUGCGAACCGGCGGUAGCACAGGCAAGAUCUCUCGCACACAGGCUCAGAAACUGCCUGAAGGUGACGGCUACUACUAUGACCUGGUCAAGAAGGACGGAAAGAACGAUGUCCGGCUACCUGUCAAGUAUCGCUACCGGUCGCCUGUCGUCUUUGAAUUCCACCUUGCCACCAAGCGCCACGCACACGCCUAUGCGAUCAUUUGGCUGCACCAUCUGAUCGACAACGAGGAGACCCCCAUCAACAUCCCCAUUUGGACCACAUCUAACCCCGACCGCAUCACGCAAAACUACAUCACCGAAGACAACUGCCGCGACGAGCCUGGCCUCGAGGAUCUCGAGGAAGUUGGCCGCCUCAUGUUCCGUUGUCGAUUCAAGGCUGGCAUGGACGAAACCCACGAGACCUUCAUCACAGACAACGACACGCGCGAGACCUUCGAGACCUGGCAAGCCUGCCUCGCCGAAGGCGUGCGCACGCGAAAGGUUGUCAAAGAAGUCCCGGACAAAAUUCAAGAAUUGCACGAGGAAUCCCUGACCGAAGGCCGCGACGUGCUCAACGAAGCAGAUGAGGACGAGAAGAGAAAGUGGCUGAGCAAGGAGGGCACCGACUGGAGCGGUGCGUUCGGCCACGACCCCAAGGCCUACAUGGACGACCAAGGCCGCAAGCGCCGCGAGCCGGGUAAGGAGGCUCCAGGCCGAGAUCCGCACAAUCCGAGCGACGACGACUACGACGACGAUUACGAGGACUCGGAUACGAGCUCUGAUAUCGGCAUCCAGGAUGCAACCAACACUUCGCACGCCGGCCAGAUGAACGGCCAGAUGCAGGGCGGUGGUGGGGCAGGCCAGGCAAAGAACAUGCCGAAUGGCGGCACCACUCAGAAUGGGGCUAACGGCGAGGAUGUCCCACAGCUCGAGGCGCCGCAGACGCAGGUUAAGCGUACGGAGGAGAGGAAGCAUAGGGGCCGGAUGCAGUGGAGACCGGUGAGGAACGCGAAGUUUGCGAAGGAUCAGGGGAAAUUGGGGUUCAGGAAGCUGAAAGCCAAGUUGACCGGGAGUGACUUCACGGAAGGGAGGAAGCCGACUGUAGAGACGGAGAUGGGGACGUGA